AUUUUAUAAAAAUAUCAAGCUGAUUUACUUAGAAGCCUUUUCCAUUUAGAUAACAGAUUAGCUGGAGAUUGUUCAAACAUGGUGGUUUUCCAAUGCUUUAUGUCAUCAUGCUCCUUUUGUUCCUGGAUCUUUUGGACCUCACUGAACAAGUUUCUAAAAUUAAUCACUAAUAUUUCAGAAAUCGCUUUGGCUGGUUUCUGUACUUUGCAAGAACUACUAUGGAACCUUGGCAGCCCCGUAGGUUUGGAAGGCUUAAAUCCAAGUUUGGAAAGGCCUUUUCCAUUCCAGAUGAUUUGCUGGCUUAAGCGCUUAAUUAGGAUGGCAUUUGAACAAGUUGGAUUGAAGAUGGAAUCAGUGCUUUGGUCAAGCAAACCCUAUGGUUCAUCUCGAAGUAUUGUAAGAAAAAUUGGUACUAACCUCUCUCUUAUACAGUGUCCAAGAGUUCAGUUUCAGCUUAUUUCUCAUGUCACGGAAGGAAACCGUCCUGCUCAAUUUAGAGAAGAUGCAGUGGCCUCCUUUGCAGAUGUGGGAUGGGUUGCUGAAGAAGAAGGAGAAGUCUCUACAAGGCUCAGGUCAGAAGUUUGGUCACAAACAGCCCAGCCUCCCUCAGGGGAGCCACAUCAUUCCGGGAGGUCCCCACGCAGACAAGUGUCCUUACAAAGCCCGCCGGAAGAAGAACCAGUGCCCAGGAGCGCAGUGAUGGCAAAUGAAGAAGCACUGCAGAAGAUCAGUGCUCUAGAAAAUGAACUGGCCACUUUAAGAGCACAAAUAGCCAAAAUUGUAACCUUGCAAGAACAGCAGAACUUGACAGCAGUCGGGUCAAGUCCAGUUGCUCCAGCUGCUGUCCCUGCUGCUCCUCCACCGCCACCACCUCCUCCUCUGCCACCACCCCCUCCCUCGGGUCUGCAGCAGAACAGGUCUGCCAUUGAUCUCAUUAAAGAAAGGAAAAACAAAAAAAUGAACUCUGGCCAGAGUGUGGUGGAAAACGGGCCAAAGAAGUCUGAAGUACCAAACAUGCUAGAAAUCCUCAAAGACAUGAACAGUGUGAAACUACGCUCGGUGAAAAGAUCCUCAGAAGGUACAAAACCUAAAGUGGCUGACCCUGCAGAUCCUGCAGCAUUAAUAGCAGAAGCUCUCAAAAAGAAAUUUGCUCAUCGAUACCGAAGUGACAGCCAAAGUGAAACAGAAAAAGUGAUUCCAAAGACUGAAACAAAGACACAGACUGAGGUAGUGCUGUUUGGGCCGCACAUGCUGAAGUCCACAGGAAAAAUGAAGACUUUAAUUGAAAAAUCCUAGUGAACUGAGAUCACUGCGUGAAAGACUGUUGAGCUCCUUUCUCCGAAAUACUUUAUGUUGCAAUUAGCACUAGUACUGAGUGGUCUCUUACAGCACAGAAAGACCCAAUGUGAGGCAGAAGUGAGGCACUAAACUUCUUUGUAUGUGGUUUGUCAAGGGGAAUAAGUUGGACCAUUAUACUCAGGUAUUAAUUUUGCAUUCAAGCCUGGCUUUCCACUCAGACUUACGUGGUGGGUUUAGUUUAUUAACACUAAGUUAUAUAUACAGCAUUCUUUGUGCAUAACUGACCAUCUUACAAAUCUGUGUACAUGUUAAUGAUGAUGGUGAUACACCCUUAAGUUAAUAUCAGUUAUCUGAGCUCUACCUGUAACUUGCACUACAGUGUGUAAUUUGAUACUGAAA